CGGUUCCAUUUCGAAAACCUUAUCUUUUUAGCAAUAGCGGAAAACAACAGCUGAAAAAGAAGCGAAGAAGUCAUGUCUGCAGCAUCUGCUUCAUCUCUUACACUCCCAUCUCUCAAACCCAAAGUCUUAUCUUUAUCAACCUCAACACCCAUUUCACUUUCCCUCUUCUCUCUUUCUCACAAGCCCUGUGCAAACCCUCUCUUUUGUUCUGCUCCUCGAAGUUUCGAGCUUUUGACCAAAAAGUCUUCUUUGUCUGCUAAGUUCGUCAGGAACGUUGCCGUUUCAUCUGACUAUGGGCAGGAAGGUGAUUUGUUUGGUAGUGAUGAGGACGGAGAAGAGGCUCCUGAUUUCUCCCCUGACUUGAAACUUUUUGUGGGAAAUCUUCCUUUCAGUGUGGAUAGCGCUCAGCUUGCUGGGUUAUUCGGUAGUGCUGGAAAUGUUGAGAUGGCUGAGGUGAUUUACGACAAGGCAACUGGGAGAAGUAGGGGGUUUGCUUUUGUUACCAUGUCCACAAUUGAGGAAGUUGAAGCUGCUGAACAACAGUUCAAUGGCUAUGAACUGGAAGGGAGGGCAUUGAGGGUAAACUCAGGACCUCCUCCUCCUCGUAGGGACGACUUUUCUCCCAGAGGAGGAAGAGGCAGGGACGACUACUCUUCCAGAGGAGGAAGAGGAUGGGAAGACUACUCUCCCAGAGGAGGAAGAGGCAGGGACGACUACACUUCCAGAGGAGGAAGAGGCGGGGAAGACUACUCUCCCAGAGGAGGAAGAGGCAGGGACGACUACUUUCCCAGAGGAGGAAGAGGCAGGGAAGACUACUCGCCUAGAGGAGCAAGAGGUGGUCCUCCUAUGGGUGCUUCAAAUCGUGUUUAUGUUGGUAACCUUUCAUGGGGUGUUGACGAUACGACACUUGAGAAUUUGUUCAGCGAGCAAGGCAGCGUUGUGGAAGCGAAAGUCGUUUAUGACAGGGAGAGUGGUAGAUCAAGGGGUUUUGGCUUCGUUACUUACAAUUCUGCUGAAGAGGUUGACAGGGCCAUCAGAUCCUUGAAUGGUUCUGAUUUGGAUGGCAGACCAAUUCGAGUCACUGUUGCCGAGUCUAGGCCAAGACGCCAAUUUUGAGUGCCGAUGUUUCCUACUCCUGCUGCUUAACUCAUAGGGGACAACUGGAAUAUGCAGCUGGAAGAUGGCAAGUGCAGUCUUUUUUUCUGUUCAGUGGAAUCUAUAAACAUGUUUCUUUUUGUCUCAGCUGCAAUGGCUGAUCUUUUCGACAUCUGUGUAUAGAUUAGAGAAGGUUGACAAUAUCCAUUGAAAUAUUUGCAUUUAUCUGUCAA